AUACGACCCUGCACGGCCGCACGUCGCUGGUGCACGAUCUAUUGCGUAUAUAGGACCCUGAACCUUCUCGUGCCGCAGUGUCCAAACCUUCUUUCUUGGUUUUGCUUCAAUUCAUCCAUUGCGACCGCAGAGCAAGCACAAUUGCGGUGCAGCCGACGUAAUCCCGCAACAGUACCGAGGAACUCCAGGCAGCGCUGGUGAGCACGCGCGCAGGGUAGUACAUUUUGCGUAACAGUGUGCUUGCUUCUCGAAAGUCACCUUUUAAUCCUGCUCUGGCAGAAGACGAAGAGACAAACCGCCCGUCAUGUCUCUUUCCGAACGCCUCACAACGAUGGAGGAGUACCAGCCGUGGAGUGCACCCGGCAGCCGCGAAUCGUCGCGCAACCGUAAGAUGUCGUUCAAUCCAGUCGGAACGUGGACCGAGGCUGCAGGAGAGGUGCAGCCUGUAGGAGCAUUUGAAGUACCGAAGUGGAAAAGAUAUCUGCAGGUAUGCUUGGCUUGCAUUUACUGCCUGUUCGCGGCUGGGGUUGUAUUUGGCUUUGCAGCAAUCAAGCCAGUGCUACUAGAAGAGGGCGUGUACAGAGACAGAUGCUCUGAGCAAGAGCUGAAGGACGAUGUACGAGUGUGCUACGAGCAGGAGCUGAGGCUCAACCUGAUGUUCACCAUCGCCGCCGUCUCCACGAACGUCGUCGCACUCCCUGUCGGCACAAUACUGGACCGCUAUGGACCUCGAGUGUCCGGGAUAAUUGGAGCGAUUUCGAUCACGAUAGGAUCGGUGCUGUUCGCCUUUGCAGCGCAGCUUCCUUUCGAUGCGUACAUUCCUGGAUAUUUGUUCCUGGCCCUCGGCGGACCAUUCGUGUUCAUCUCGUCUUUCCAGCUCAGCAACACAUUCCCGCAGUACUCGGGAUUGAUUCUGGCUCUCCUCACUGGUGCAUUCGACACUUCGAGCGCUAUCUUCCUAUUCUACCGCUUGAUGUACCAAGCCACCGACGGUGCCUUCACACCCAAGAAAUUCUUCCUUGUAUAUCUGAUAGUCCCUGCGUACAUCCUGCUGGUGCAGAUCUUCUUCAUGCCCUCCACCUCCUACAAGACGGUCGGUGAGUUGGUCAACGAAGUAGAAGAGAGCAACAGCGUGCACGACUCAGAUGACGAGAUCGAGGACCAGACCACGGUUCGGGGCCUGCAGGACGCCCGCCGCGCACACAGAGACAGCAUCGCCAGCGAGAUCACCGCUCUGCUGGGCACAAAAGAUGGCGCGGACCAGGCGAAGGAGGAAGAGACGAAACGCAACAAGUCAGGUGUCUGGGGAGCGCUGCAUGGACGCACUGCGGUAGAGCAGAUCAAGACGCCGUGGUUCAUCUUCAUCACGCUUUUCACCGUUCUGCAGAUGACGAGGAUCAACUACUUCGUCGCAACUAUCCGCUCGCAGUACACCUACAUCUUCCACGACUACUCCAAGGCAGUCGAGAUCAACAACUUCUUCGACGUUGCACUGCCCGUGGGCGGCAUCAUCUCGAUUCCGUUCAUCGGCAUCAUCCUGGAUAACACCAGCACCACCUUUACCUUGUCACUGUUGGUUACCAUCGCGACUUCAAUCGGUGUCCUCGGUGUGAUCCCUGAGACCUGGGCUGCGUACGGGAACAUCAUCUUGUUCGUGCUCUACCGACCUCUCUACUACACAGCAGUCUCCGACUACUCAGCCAAGGUGUUCGGAUUCGCCACGUUCGGCAAGGUCUACGGACUGAUCAUCUGCUCGGCCGGCCUCCUCAACUUCUCGCAAUCUGCGCUCGACGCUGCGACCCAUAAAGUGUUCAAGAACGACCCAGUGCCAAUCAAUGUCAUUCUCUUGGGUCUCGCACUGCUUGUUGGCAUCUGUCUUGUUGCUUUUGUGUACAGCAAGAGCCACAAGAUUAUGAGGGAGAAUAUCGAAGAGGAGGCCGAGGAAGCCAGCGAGAGGCUGAUGCCUGGUGGCAGCAUUGGCGCGCAAGACUACGGCGCUGUCAAUGCAAAUGGAGAGGAGGAAGAGAGGAGGGGUCGUAAGAUGUAAGGCAGAUGAAAAGUUUGGUUGAUUACGAGCAGAGAUGGACCUUCCCUUCACGACUGAUGCUUUUUCCAUUGUAGCGCUUCCGAGUCACGUUGGGCGUUUGGGUUGCACAGCGAGGCGUUCGGUUGGCCUUACGGUGUUAUCUCCUUCUGGGCUUGGACUUCUUGCAGAUCAGCGUGGAGUCUGCCUUGUGUUUCUUUGGCAUCUCCUAGUCUUCCUAUACACCGUGCUCUUGUACAUGGCAUAACUGUACAUACCAGGUAAACAAAACGUCUAUUAUCACUA